UUAGAGAUUCCAUCUGCCUCACUCAUUAACCCUUCACUUUAUUCAUUUCAUCUUGCACCUACUAUAUCCUUAAACUGCUCACCAUUAUGGGAUAAUUAAUUGCUCAUUGAAACAUUCCAUAAAAUAUCUUUACAAUGGGUUCUCUCUUCAUCUCUUGCAAAACCAUAUCAGAAAAUAAUCUUCUGUCAUGUUUUUGUAUUUAUCAUUCUUUGUGUUUCCUGUUUGUCUUACUUACUCUACCUUUUUUUAGCCUUACAACAGCUCAAGCCAGCCAUUGCAGAACCUCUUGUGGCACUAUUCCAAUAAACUAUCCAUUUGGUAUCGAUGAUGGAUGUGGCAGCCCUUAUUAUAGACAUAUACUUGUUUGCACUGAUUCAGGAAAUCUCGAGGUUCGAACGCCUUCCGGUAGAUACCAAGUACGCAGCAUCAGCUACUCUGAUCCCCAUAUCAUAGUCACUGAUAAAUUCAUGUGGAAAUGUGAAGAUGGCAAUCAGUUUAGGGCAACUAGGCCUUUUAGCCUUGAUACAAGCACACAUUUCACACUUUCCUCUCAAAAUGAUUAUCUUUUCUUCAACUGCAGCGAAGAAAAUGUGAUUGUUGAGCCAAAGCCUAUCUUCUGCGAGCGGUUUCCUGAUCAGUGUGAUUCCACAUGUGAUAGUGCAAGUUAUCUUUGCAGGCAUUUGCCAGGAUGUGCUACUGCAUUGGGCACCAGUUCUUGCUGCUCUUAUUCCCCUAAAGCAACUGAAUCUUUACGGCUUAUGCUCAAGUAUUGUGCCAGUUAUACAAGCAUCUAUUGGAGAAACAAUGGUGCAAAUUCUCCUUAUGAUCAAGUCCCUGAAUAUGGGAUUAGGAUUGAUUUUGACAUUCCAGUGACUACGAGUUGCCUCGAGUGUCAAGACAUGACCAAAGGAGGUGGAACUUGUGGAUUUAACACACAAUCACAGAAUUUCUUGUGUAUGUGUAACGAUAGAAAUACAACCACUUAUUGCAACGAUCGAGGCACUUCUAGGCAGCACAGCAGUGCAGGAGCCAUUGCAGGCACUGUAACUGGAGUUUCAGCUGCUGGGGCCUUAGGAAUUGGUGCUGGCAUAUGGUAUUGGAAAAAGGUUAGAGCUAAAGCACCAGUAACAUGUGGGGUUCAGAGCAAUGAAAACAGGCUCUUCUGAUUAAGGAAACCCAUUAACUAAAGCAAAUGCCAAUACUUUUGUCUUUUCUUAUUUUUUGAAUUGCUUUUUUAGCUCUUUAUUAGUUAACAAGCCUCCUUAAUUAGUUAAAUAGUUAUGGUGUAAUUUCUUUACUCAUACAUUGUUCUCGUCGGGUUUAUAAUUAAUAUACGAUGUAAUUUCUUUAUUCA